AAAAUCUGACGGGAUAUCGGCGUGUUUUCAGAGUUUGCAGGUUAUCGGGUUUUUAAUCACGCGAAUAAAUAUAUUAAUGAAUUCGAGUAUAUAAAUUACGAAAAAGACUUUUUUUAAUUGCGAUGGAUUACGCCGAAGAGCAAAAUAAUGAAGUUCAAGCACUGGAAUAUAUUUAUUCUGGAGAAGGAGAACUGGAAGUAAUAUCAGUAGAGCCAUUUUAUAAAUUCGCCAUCCCAAUAAAAUCAGAGGAAUACGAACCGGAAUCGAACAACGGAUUAUCUUGUCGAUUAGAAUUCACUUACACUCCUAAAUAUCCAGAAGAACCCUUAAUCAUAUCCGUCGAGGAUAAAGAAAACUUCGACGAUGAAGACGAGGAACAACUUAAAGCCUAUCUGGCCGAACAGAUGGAAGAAAAUUUAGGAAUAGUAAUGGUAUUUACUUUAGUCAGUGCCGCUCAAGAAUGGCUGAACGUUCAAUGGGAUAAAAUUAAAUUAAACCGAGAGGAAAAUGCCGCCAAGAAAUUAAAAGAGGAGGAAGAAGCUGAACAGAAACGAUUCGAAGGCACACGAGUUUCCGUAGAAACGUUUUUAAGUUGGAAGGAAAAAUUCGACGAGGAAAUGGGAUAUAAAAAACUGAAAGAAAUUGCAGAGAAGGAGGGAAAGAAACUAACGGGAAGGGAACUAUUUAUGACCGACAAAACUCUGGCCCAGUCAGAUCUGAAAUUCUUGGAGGAUGGAGAUCCAGUCAAAGUCGACGAAAGCUUAUUUCAAAAUUUGGGAGACCUGGACUUGGACGAUGAAGAUGAUCCUGACUUUGACCCGAAUAAUCUUUCGGACGAUAGUGCCUGAAUAAAAGUCAUUCUUCUAGAAAACUGAGUCGAGAUUGCAAGAACAUAAAUUUGUUUUUGACUCGAGGGAUAUUUUUCGACGGUCGGUGUAAUCGUAAAAAAAUAUUCCAUGAGUGCAAACUCCAACCUCGUCAGAUUGGAAGAAGUGUGAACGACUCUUUUAUAAGUAUGUAAAUAGCCUGAUAUUUUCGUUCAUAAAAAACUUGUUUAAUUAAAUGCAAAAACGAUCUUUUACUUUAA